AGCUAAUGCGCUGGCAUAGUUCUGCCAUUUGUCAGCCAGAAGUCUGGUUACACAUUUGCUCGUCAAUCUAAACCUAACCUAUUCUCAUACGAGCACUUGGGAUUUCAUGUAAAUCAACCAGACGUUCUGUCAUUCACCAGCAAUAUCUCUCUAUAGUAUUCUACACCCAUGUGCCUUCAUGAAAUAUUUCACUAUGUUUGUGGAAGAAAUAUUUAAAUGAGUGUGCUUUUUCAGGAAUGGUGACACCAGAAUGUUAUAAAUCUGUUCAUUACCACAACAAGGAUAAAUGGUAUUUCUGCCAAAGACUUUUGAUAACCGGUACAGUAAUGAAUCUCAGCACUUUCUGAAAUUAAAGGUCUGCCCUGAGAGGAAGCUCUGGGAAAAUCAAGGAAAGGGAAUCAAAGGACCUGGCUGCCAAGAAGCUGCUUUCUGUCUGAUGCCAGAAAAAGGAACAGCAGAAUCCAUUUCAAUUCUCUGCAAAGGAUUUAACAAUGAAAUACAAAAAUCUCAGCGAGAACUGAAACGAAUGGGGAUUGAACUGCUUUGCCUGUUCUUUCUAUUUCUAGGAAGGAACGAUCACGUACAAGGUGGCUGUGCCAUGGGAGGUGCAGAAACCUGUGAAGACUGCUUACUCAUUGGACCUCAGUGUGCCUGGUGUUCUCAGGAGAAUUUUACCCAUCCAUCUGGAGUUGGUGAAAGAUGUGAUACCUGGGCAAAUCUUUUAGCUAAAGGAUGUCAACUAACCUUCAUCGAAAACCCUGUCUCCCAAGUAGAAAUACUUACAAAUAAGCCUCUCAGUGUAGGCAGACAGAAAAAUAGUUCCGACAUUGUUCAGAUUGCACCUCAAAGCUUGAUUCUUAAAUUGAGACCAGGCAGUGAACAGACUCUUCAAGUGCAAGUCCGCCAGACCGAGGAUUACCCAGUGGACUUGUAUUACCUCAUGGACCUCUCAGCCUCCAUGGAUGACGACCUCAACACAAUCAAAGAGCUGGGCUCCCUGCUUUCCAAGGAAAUGUCUAAAUUAACAAGCAACUUUAGACUGGGCUUUGGCUCUUUUGUGGAAAAGCCCGUCUCCCCUUUUAUGAAAACAACGCCAGAAGAAAUCGCCAACCCUUGUAGUAGUAUUCCAUAUUUCUGCUUACCUACAUUUGGGUUCAAGCAUAUUUUGCCACUAACGAAUGAUGCAGAAAGAUUCAAUGAAAUUGUGAAGAAACAGAAAAUUUCUGCUAAUAUUGACACACCCGAAGGUGGAUUUGAUGCAAUUAUGCAAGCAGCUGUGUGUAAGGAAAAAAUUGGCUGGCGGAAUGACUCCCUCCAUCUCCUGGUCUUUGUGAGUGAUGCUGAUUCUCAUUUUGGAAUGGACAGCAAACUGGCAGGCAUUGUCAUUCCUAAUGAUGGACUCUGUCACUUGGACAGCAAGAAUGAAUACUCCAUGUCAACUGUCUUGGAGUAUCCGACAAUCGGACAACUCAUUGAUAAACUGGUGCAAAAUAACGUGUUACUCAUCUUUGCCGUAACCCAGGAACAAGUUCAUUUAUAUGAGAAUUAUGCAAAACUCAUUCCUGGAGCUACAGUAGGGCUACUUCAGAAAGACUCUGGAAACAUUCUCCAGCUGAUCAUCUCGGCUUAUGAAGAACUACGAUCUGAGGUGGAACUGGAAGUAUCAGGAGACACAGAAGGACUCAACCUGUCAUUCACAGCUAUCUGUAAAAACGGGACCUUCUUCCCACACCAAAAGAAAUGUUCUCACAUGAAGGUGGGAGACACAGCUUCAUUUAAUGUGACUGUGAGUAUACCAAACUGUGAGAGAAGAAGCAGGCGCAUCAUUAUAAAGCCUGUGGGGCUGGGGGACACCCUAGAAAUACUUGUUACUCCGGAAUGCAACUGUGACUGUCAGAAAGAAGUGGAAGUGAACAGCUCCAAAUGCCACAAUGGGAACGGAUCCUUCCAGUGUGGGGUGUGUGCUUGCAACCCCGGCUACAUGGGUCCUCGCUGCGAGUGUGGAGAGGACACGCUGAGCACAGAUUCCUGUAAGGAGGCCCCGGAUCAUCCCUCGUGCAGUGGAAGAGGCGAUUGCUACUGUGGACAGUGCAUCUGCCACUUAUCUCCCUAUGGAAACAUUUAUGGGCCUUACUGCCAGUGUGACAAUUUCUCCUGCGUGAGACACAAAGGGCUGCUCUGUGGAGAUCAUGGCGACUGUGAGUGUGGUGAAUGCGUGUGCAGGAGCGGCUGGGCUGGCGAGUACUGCAACUGCACAACCAGUACGGACUCGUGCCUCUCUGAAGAUGGGGUGCUCUGCAGCGGCCGAGGGGACUGCGUUUGUGGCAAGUGUGUUUGCAUGAACCCCGGAGCCUCAGGACUGACCUGUGAACGUUGUCCUACCUGUGGCGAUCUCUGUAACUCUAAACGGAGCUGCAUUGAAUGCCACCUGUCUGCAGAUGGCCUGGCCCUAGAAGAAUGUGUUGACAAAUGCAAACUAGCUGGUGUGACCAUCAACGAAGAAGAAGCAGAUUUCUCAAAGGAUAGUUCUGUUUCCUGUUCUCUGCAAGGAGAAAAUGAAUGUCUUAUUACAUUCCUAAUAACUACAGAUAACGAAGGAAAAACCAUCAUUCAUAGCAUCAACGAGAAAGACUGUCCAAAACCUCCAAACAUUCCUAUGAUCAUGUUGGGGGUUUCACUGGCUAUUCUUCUCAUUGGGGUCGUCCUACUGUGCAUUUGGAAGCUGCUGGUAUCAUUUCAUGAUCGUAAAGAAGUUGCCAAAUUUGAAGCAGAAAGGUCAAAGGCCAAGUGGCAAACGGGAACCAAUCCACUGUACAGAGGCUCUACCAGUACCUUUAAAAAUGUAACCUACAAACACAGAGAAAAACAAAAGGUAGACCUUUCCACGGAUGGAUAGAAUGACUUUAUGCAUGGAAAACUCUGUUUCACUGAUAUGAAAUGUUAAUGCACUGUUUAAUUUUUCUUUUUUUGUUGCUUCAAAAUGAGGUUGGUUUAAGAUAAUAAUAGGUCAUUUAGAGAUCAGUCAUUCUCUCUAAGAAGGUUAGAGACUAUGUUGGCAGUUUCAAAAUAAUCAAGAAGAGAAAUAUCCUUAGCAAAGGGGAGAUGGGGAUCAUUCAAGGCAUACUAACUCUGUUGCAUUAAUGCCUCAAAAAAAAUCAUCAAAAUGAUUCAUGGGGGCCUGAUUUGCAUUUGAAAAAUGUUUGAAAUUAGAAUCUCAUUUGUUGCAGGAAUAUAGCUACCUGAAGUCUUUGUCUCAGCAAAGUCACAAAGUUCAUAAUCUUACACUGUAUGCUCUUACACUUAAUCUUACACACAUAAUCUUACACUUGCCAAUUAAUUCCAAACUUUUACUAAAUCUGCCCAUUCCUACAUGAUUUUUUAAAAAUCUAGGAGAAACGAUUCUGAUAUUAUUUCAGCAAAGAGGAUGUAAUUUUUCUAAAGAUGUCCCAAAUGUGAGAAUGAAUAUUAGGUAUUAAUAACUUCUGUGGAUUUGUCUGAACUUAAGUCAGGUACACAAAUAAGUAUUAUACUUGUUUUACAGAUGAGGAAGGAGUAAUUUAUAAAUUAGGAAGUCACCAAUAAAAAACAAAAAUCACAAUCUUAUUAUUUAGAUUAUUUUCAAUUACCUGAAAAACAAACUUCUACACUCAGUUUCCCUCUUAAUUCUGAGUUUUCGAGCUAUUACUUCUCCCAUAUUUCUCAAUUAAUUUUACUCAGUUUCACAGUCUUCUAAACACUGUAAUUGUCACAUGGAAGUUUUAAUUUCUUGUUAAAAAUUACUUUAAAUGGUUAGGUAGUUUAUUCAAAGAGACCUCCAAUACUACAAAAGGAACAUGGGUUAACUAUAGUAAAAUUUUAAGUGGUUUUAAAUCAAAUACAUCAAAAGUACAAAAGUCCUUCAUGAGUAAUAGAUUUUUUUUAAAAUCUAUAUUCUUUUCCCAUUUGUAAAAGUCAACUUGACAUUUUAGCUGCAUAUGGUAAAUAUGCAUCGUACAUUUACUUUAAAAAGUAAAUUUUUUACUUAAAAAAAUACAUGUGGAUAAUUAGGGACCAUUAGCUGAUUGAAGAGAUGGACUCUGCAGAAUAAUAUUUUUUAUUGUAAAUACUGCUUUACAAAGCACUCUCAUCUCCUUUGAUCCUCAUAAGGAAACCAGAGUUCAGAGUAAGUAGAAGAAAUGGGUCCAGAAUUUAGAUCUAGCUCCACACCAUUUCAUCUUUCCACAGCUUGAGACUGACUCUUUAGUCAGUGAAAUCAUAGAAAGAUUUUGUGAGUUAAGUGAUAACUAUCAUUUGCUUAAAAAUGUACUGAGACUAAACAUAUAGCAUUUAAACUACUGGAAUAGUAGGUAAAGUCUUGUACUUUUGUGCAAUGUUUAUUACCUUUGAGAAAAUUAUAAUAUGUAGCCUUUACCAGGUGAAUAGUUCAUUAUGUAAUGAAGGCUUCAUGUUUAUCCAUUAAAUUGGCACAGAGUAAUCUAUAAUAAGUUUCUUCAGUUUUACAAAUAGACCUGUACACGUUGAUCACUUGGAAACUUUUUUUUUUCUGGUUUCUAAAUAACUCAGGUAAAUCGAACUUUUGUGGAGUACACAGCUAUAUUAAAAGAAUUACUAAACAAUCACCUUGGAAAUCUAAAGGGCUAAUGUACUGCCCGUGUUCCCGACUGCAGCCCAAGGUCUGGGGGAAAUCUAGAGCAACAAGGAAGUUCCAGUACUGAUGACACAACAGUAGUGUUCACUCUACAUGUGAUAUUUUUUGUAUUAGUACCGGGAUUGGAUUUUAGAAAAUAUAAGUUUUCCGCAUGUGUAUAUAUAGAGAAGAAUUUGACAUUUCUCUGAAUAUGGUUUUGACCCAAGGCUGGACCUUGAAAAGGCCAAAACAUUAACAGUAGUACUUCUGUUCACUGAAGAGUUAUGUUACAUGAAGAUAAAAUGGGUUUUUGUAAGUUGUUUUAUUAUAUUUUGUGCUGACAUAAAUAAACAUGGUAAUUUAAACAAUGAA